GAGCAGCAGCAAGUACCUUGGCACAACAGAAGUACGCAAGACAUCGUACUAGCCGGUAACCAGUCAAUGUUAACGUUACUCCUUGGCAUAUUCGGUCUUGUCCGGUACUUGACACGCGAACGCACUUGUUUUCCCUAUUAGGAAGUGAAGAAGAAUCUCAGUGGACUUAGGCUACUCGAUUCUUAACGCGAAAAACUGCGACAACAGCGAGUUUUCAUUUGUUUUCGUUGGUGCGAACAGUAGCAUCGCGUGACCUUGAUUUAAGCCUAAGAUUGUGUUAUUAAUUGUGCCUUGACUCGACCGUGUUUAGAUUUAAAUGGAUCUACGAGCAUCGGCUUAAGUAGUGUUUUUUUUUCUACGUUUUCGAUCGGGUUCAAUAGUAGCUGUGACGGAAUGUGAGUACCGCGAGACAAUUUUAUUGAUUUAAUUAUCAUCAGUAAGUAAUUUGAGUGUGACGAGACAUGACGAAUGUCAACAGAAUCAAAGUUGUCGUGCUUGGAAGCUCGAGGGUCGGAAAAUCCGCUGUUACCGUCAGAUAUUUAACCAAGAGGUACAUAGGCGAAUACAGUUCAACUAGUGAUUUCCUUUAUAGACACAAUGUCACAUUCGACAACGUAACGACGGAGGUUGAAAUAUUGGAUACGUCCAAGUGUGCCAAAAACGGAUGUCUAUACGAACACCUCCGGUGGGGAGAAGCAUUUGUCAUAGUCUACUCGGUGGUCGAUAAACACAGCUUCCACGAAGCCCAAGAGAUCCUGGGUCAACUAGUCAAAUUGAAGUUGCCUUCAUAUUACACUUGCUUACUGUUAGGGAAUAAAAGGGAUUUAGACCACUCCAGGCAAAUAUGCGUCGACGAAGGCCAGGAGUUGUCCUUGCAAUACGGAUGUCAAUUUUAUGAAGUAAGCGCGGCUGAGAAUUUUGCAGGAGUUUCUCUGGCAUUUCAAUCACUCCUGCGUGAAGCCAGGUCGGUCCAACUGCUCAAGGCUCUACCGAUCAGGAGAAAGUUGGGCGUAAACAGCGUUUCGAAAGUGUUAGGGAAUAUUUUCGGAAAAAAUUCGAAAGGAGAUCGUAAGAAAAGACCAUCCCUUAGUAUUUAAGCGUAAAGUGUAAGGAUUGGUUUUCCUUUAGAAAAAGUUCCUCAGUUGAAGUUUACGAAACAGUGAGCGAAAAGUUUUUAUAAUGAAUGAAAAUGAACUUAAUUUCCAAGUUGGGUUCUUAGUUGGCAAGAAUCAACCCUCGCAGCAUAACUAUGGUGAAGUACGACGGAAUUAUUUCGAAAACAGAAACCGAUAUGAAAUACGAAUAUUCAGUUUCAUAGAUAUUCCAACUUUUAAGUUUGGUUACUUCGAAAUAAUUUUAUAGAAAAUUGUAUUUUUUCGACGACCACUAUAAAGAAUUCUACAUUUCAUAUUGAAAAUUUAAACGAAGGGAAGGUGCGAAAUGAAAAAUUCGAGUGCUUUUAUUUUAAGCACAAAUCGAUGAUUACUAAGUAAAAAUAAUAUAGAGAUUUGAAGAGAACUUUUAGGUUUGCUUUAAGCCAAGUAAGUAAAUUAUAUAUAUUAUAAAAAAGAACUUUAUAAUGUUCUUGUGGUCGCCGGAAAAGUAUUGCGUACUCUUUUCACGCUCUUGCAAAAUACAAUCUUGUGUGAAAUUUUCACUUUUUAAUACUUGUACAGAGUCGGCGAAUUUGGCCACUUUUAAAGUGCAACUCCCCUUACUAAAGAAGAUAGAAGAAAACUAAUAUAUAAAAAGUAAAAUGGUAAAAACUGCACAUGGAUAUUUGUUUCCGUUCCAGAGUUCGAAAACUUUUCUGUUAUAGAAUAUUUUGUUUUAAUAAAAACAUGUACAAGACAUUAAUUUCUGCUAUAAAAUUUGUUUUAAAAAUGUCUUCAUAGAAACACAAAAUUUUUCAUAACAAGAACAGCGAUUUUCUAAAAAUGUACGUUUUUCAAAAAACACCCUAAACUAAAACAGUAGAUAUGGUAGGGGAUUCUUGUUUAAAAGUGUGUUAUGAUGUCGGAUAUAUUUCUUACCAUAAUUUUAGUACCCACGCAAAUUGUAUCCCGCGUGGUUUAAAUUAUUACGGUAACGUUUUUGUAAGUAAAUAAUACUUAAUUAUUGUAAAUAAACUUUAGAAUACGUGCUUAGCAUGAAAUGCGACGUAAACAAUGCAAAUUUCGUUUAAUCGUGUGUACAGAGAAACACGGCAAAGUAAAAUAUUUAACUCGAUUUUUCAUAGGAAAAAUUACUUAUGAUCUCAAGCGAUGCCGAUUGCGUUAAAAAUAAGUGCCAAGAAUUUCUAAAAAACGCUGCUCAUCUUUACGGUGUUGAUAUCGUUGAUAUCAUUGGAAUUUUGAAAACUGUUGUCGAAAUGGUAACUAAUAGAAUCUUGUUAUUUACACGA